AUGCCUCAGACUCAAGGACUCCAGCGAGACGAUGAUUAUGAUUCGUCUCCACUCCAGAAGAUGCUCUCCUCGAAUCAAGCGUGGGCAGAAGAACAUAGAAAGUUGAACCCGACUUUCUUCGAGCAAAUGGCUGCGGGACAAUCCCCUCAUACAUUGUGGAUCGGAUGCGCCGACUCUCGCGUUCCGGAAUCUCUCAUCACAAACUCGCAACCUGGGGAGAUCUUCGUUCAUCGGAACAUCGCUAAUCAAGUUCCUCUGCAGGACGACAACACUUUAUCCGUCGUCGAAUACGCUGUCAACCAUUUGCACGUCCGUCACAUCAUCGUCGUUGGCCACUCAAACUGCGGUGGUGCUGCAGCAUCUCUGGCUGCCGCCACCUCUCCUGAAGCGUCCUUCUGCGCUCACAAUGGUUCCAGCUGCCUGCAGACCGUCCCUACCCUCCCGCCGGAUAAUCCUAUCAACAAGUGGCUACAGCAGCUAACGAAGCUCGCUUUCUCCCUCGGGAUCUCGACUGCUCCAAAAGACGAGGCGCUGUCGCUGCUCAUUGAGGAGAACGUUAAGGCUCAAGUAGAAAAUUUGUCCAAGCUGGAAGUCAUUCAAGAUGCGUGGCAGAAUCCGGAAGCACAAAGGAAGGAAUUGUGGAUACAUGGGUGGGUGUACGAGAUAGAGACGGGGCUGUUGAGCGAUUUGAAUAUCUCUCGUGGCCCCUCGGCUGCGUAG